CGCUCAUGCUGCGGUCUCAACUUUUAUUUUUCUCCGCUAGUUUAUUUGAAAUUUUAUUAAAGUUAAUAGACUAUGUAGUGUCAAGUUUAUUAUAGUACACUUUGUUUACAAGUUGCGAUUCGUAAAUCUCCAAAUAGAUUCGUGUUUUAAUCUCGUGGGAAACUGAAAAAAAGAAGAGGAGUUAAAGCAUUGUUCGAGCUGGAUCGCYUAACGCUUUUCAGAUUUCCUGUACCCUCUCGUAGGAUUUACCACAGGUCUGMGACAUUAGUGUUGUCAUCUUAUAGCAGCUCAGAAGCACUCCAAGACUGGAUGAACUGAGUCACCGUUUCAGACUGACAGCUCGGCUAUGUAUCCUUGUUUUUCGCCCCGCCCCUUUUCCUCGCUUCCUGCCUGCCCUGCUCGUGCACGCUGCUGUUUGGUUGGUGUUUCCAUGGAAGCAUGUAGCCAGAAAGAGGCUUCACACAGAGCAUCUUGUGUUCUCUUCACAGAGAGCUGCGAACAAGAGAGGCAGUGACGCAAAACGCACAAUGUAUGAAAGCAGCUGUGUGGACUCGGUGCUCUUCAGCUUCUAACACUCAUGUGUUGACCUUAACCUGUGCAUUUUUUUAGCACAGGAACAACUUUGUCACAUUUGGUGACUUCUUCUUUCUAGAAAUUUUUUUUCUUGGGGUCAUUACCCAACUCUCUUUGAUUAUUUUUAUUUUUUUCUUGUUGACUUUUUGAYUUAAAAACGCAACCAUUUUUUCCGGAACGAAACUGGGAUUUUCCCUCAUAUUAUGUACUUCAAUGGAUACCAGUGGCUCAKUGGUUAGCAUGCGAGCAGAGGAGCAGCCCUUUCAUGUCCGCUACAGGAUGGAGGUGUCCUGCCUAGAGCUGGCGUUGGAGGGCGAGCGGCUCUGUAAAGCGGGGGACUACAGAGCAGGUGUUUCCUUUUUCGAAGCCGCCAUCCAGGUGGGCACGGAGGACCUGCAGGUGCUCAGUGCUAUCUACAGCCAGCUGGGCAACGCUUACUUCCACCUGCAUGAUUACACCAAGGCUUUGGAGUUCCACCGGCACGAUCUCACCCUGACCAGGACAAUUGGGGACCUGCUUGGAGAAGCCAAAGCCAGUGGAAACCUUGGCAACACGUUAAAGGUGCUGGGGCGGUUUGACGAGGCCGUGGUUUGCUGUCAGAGACAUUUGGACAUCGUGAGGGACAUUAAUGACAAGGUAGGGCAAGCACGAGCACUCUAUAACUUUGGCAACGUGUAUCAUGCCAAAGGCAAAAGCAUUUGCUGGAGCGGAGCUGAACCUGGAGAUUUUCCAGAGGAGGUCAUGACGGCGCUCAGGAAGGCAGCAGAGUACUAUGAGGCAAACCUGGCGAUAGUGAAGGAGCUCGGAGACCGGGCAGCUCAGGGUCGAACGUACGGAAAYCUUGGCAACACGCAUUACCUGUUGGGAAACUUUGCUAAAGCGGUGAAUUCUCACGAACAGCGUUUGCUAAUAGCUAAAGAGUUCGGCGAUCGCUCGGCAGAAAGACGAGCGUACUGCAACUUGGGGAACGCCUACAUCUUUUUGGGGGAUUUUGAGGUAGCAGCUGAGCAUUACAAGAGGUCCCUGCAGCUGGCCCGGCAGUUGAAGGACCGAGCCGUGGAGGCUCAGGCGUGCUACAGCCUGGGCAACACCUACACGUUACUCCAAGACUACGAGAGAGCCAUCGAUUACCACCUCAAACACCUCAUCAUCGCUCAAGACCUCAAUGACAGGAUUGGAGAGGGCCGUGCGUGCUGGAGUCUCGGAAACGCUCACACUGCUUUGGGUAACCACGAUCAAGCCAUGCACUUUGCUGAGAAGCACCUGGAAAUCUGCAGAGAGACCGGAGACAGGAGCGGAGAGCUGACGGCUCGUAUGAACGUCUCUGACCUCCAAACAGUCCUGGGUUUGAGCUACAGCACGAAUAACUCCACGAUUUCUGAAAAUAAGGAUAUAGACUACAACCUACAUGGAGCAAAACCCAGACUGAGCAGGCGCCACAGCAUGGAGAACCUGGAGCUGAUGCAGCUCACUCCAGACAAGAUGAAUGGUCAAAAAUGGAACAGUGACAUUUUGGCAAAGCAGUCUAAACCCUCCAUAGCUAAAAGCUCCUCCAAGCUGUUCUUUGUCAGCCGUCUGCGGGGGAAGAAAUACAAGUUUGGGGGCUCCAGUAAGGUCCUUCAAGACACCAGCAACACUUUGGACACAAAUCUGUCUUCCGCUCAGGGACCACAGAAACGCCUCAGUCCUGACAUGCUCGGAGAGGAGGGCUUCUUUGACCUCCUGAGUAGAUUCCAGAGCAACCGUAUGGACGACCAGCGCUGUUCAAUACAGGAUAGAGGCAGCAGGUUGUCAUUAAACAGCGGUCCGGGCUCACCUCCCAGAACCAUCAGGAAAUCUGCUUCAGAGUCCGUCAACAUGUCCAGCGCCUCUGGCAGGAGGCUGGGCGAGUCGUCCUCAGCAGGAGGAAGCCUGCCGGGUCUGAGACUCAAUCAGAGCAGCAACCAGGCCGUGCUCAGCCACCUAAUGGCCAACGCCGACGGCGCCGAGCCCGACGAUGACUUCUUUGAUAUGCUUGUCAAGUGCCAGGGCUCCCGCUUGGACGAUCAGCGCUGUGCCCCUCCCCCUCCUCCCGUCCGAGGACCCACCGUACCCGACGAGGACUUCUUCAGCCUCAUCAUGCGCUCGCAGGCCAAACGAAUGGACGAGCAACGCGUCACUUUGCCUUCCACAGCCAGAAUCACCUCAAGCUCCGAGUGAACUGAACACUAAAGGGACAAAAAUCUCUUUUUUUUUAAUCUUGCAAAUGUGUGAACAGCAAUAAGAACGCAGGUCCUGUGUCUCUUCACACACCGUCCUACUGGACAAAAACAAAGCACUGUCAGCGUUGUGUGUACAGCAAAUUCAUGAAACAUUAAGCUAAUAAAGACUUGUUUUGUACAACUUUCACCAACAGUACUAUCAGAGAAACUCAAGUUUUUUUUAAUGUUUGUUUUAAAUGAUUCUAUAUUGAAGCAUUUCAUCUCAUGUAGACUGUGACACAGCUGCAGUUGUGUUUGUAUUUAUUGUACAUUUUUUACUAUUUUAACUGCCGUCCCACCACCGAGGAGAAUUAGCAUAAAAACAGACGUACAGCACUCUUUAAUGCAUUUUGGUUUUAUGAGUUUUUUUGUGCUACAGAUUAAAAAAAUAAUAAUUUUAAAGUCGACAGAUAAAAGACCAAAUUUAACCCAGGUAUAGCUCUUUGUGUUUUUUUUGUACGAACUGCUCGAAUGAAUUAAAAAAUAAAAAGUU